AUGGUGCCGCGACCGGCGAGUACUACUUCGAAUGACGGACUAACGAUCCAAGAGGCAUCGGAGGCAGGUGCGCAGUCGGCUGGAAGGUCGCCGACCGCAAGAGAACACAGUGAGAGACCUGUCGCGUCAUGGAGCUCUGAGGGAACCUUCACGACAGGCCACGGGGCCAGCGACGACCAGGAGGACUACGAAGAACAGUUUGCCGUUCCCGAUGCGGCUCCCGACGAGGGAGCCGCGAAGGGCCGCGACGCAAGUCGCGGUCCUACCGGUCGGAAGCCUGCAAAGGCCGACGACCAACAACAACCCACCGCCAAGGCAGCCACGAAGCGCAAGCCGCCCAAGAGGAAGAAAAAGAAGCUGCGCGCGCCGAAGUCGGCGGAGGGGUCGCUGCCCAAGCCGCAAGGCCACGGGACGUCACUCUUCCGUCUGCUAGAACAAGACCCAAUCUUGGUCUUCCUCAAGCCCAUGCUGAUGAGCAACUUCACAGGCCCCUUCGUGGCACCGGACUUCGAUAGUCUCACCAGCGUUGCCCACGCCGCGCCGACUCUCUUCCAGAUGGUGCGUGACUCGGGGUUCGUGCUGGGGGCUUUCGAGAUGGAGAGGCUGUGCGAUUGGGACUUCAAAUCUUGGUUACGUGCGAUUCGCGUCGUGCAGGAGCCCUUGACGACUCUCGCCGGAUCCAUCAAACAAGCCGCGAUGAGUUCUGCGACGGGCCAAGACGCGCCGAGCCCCUCGGCGGGUCCAGCCCAGACUUCGACGACCACGCCCUCACCUCCACCUCGAUACCAAUCAAGCGUGGACUCCGACAGCAGUUUCGAGUCGCCCAAGCGCAUGCCCAUGAACCGGCCGCCGCGCGUCAUGCAGCUAUCCGCGGCGCCCACACGCACAGAGGUGACGAAACCCGCCGAGGAGGUGCUUCCCAAGGCCUUGAGAGAAUCUAUCAUCAAGCUGAUGCAGAUGACAGUGAUGAACACCCCGCGGGCCAACACGGCCGCAAUUCCGACGGGGCCGAAGGCUCCCGCGAAUCUCACACCCACGGUGGCUCGCCCCCAGGAGGCAGCGGAUGUCGCCAUGGAGUCGGUCAGUUCGCGUUCUUCGACGAGGUCCAGGACUCGACGCGACGCGGACGAGGACCCCGAUGACCUGUUCGACUUGGACAUCGGAGUGCCAAGAACCACGGCCGCCGUCUCAACGGCAACAGCCGGCGGCGUAGUCCUCGCUCGCGUACGCCUCUCAGCAUCUUCCGAGCUGAAAGAGUUCUCGGGACGGGACGCCAGCGAAGAGAAAGCCAGACUGUGGCUCAACCGUCUGAAGUCCGCCGCGCGGCGCGACGGGAUGACGGGCGAAGAAGUGUGCAGGCAGUUCAGCGAUCUAAUGAGCGGCCCUGCGCGCCAAUGGUAUCUCCAGUUGCCCAGGAAGGUCAAGCAAUCAUGGACCGAGCUGAUGGAGCAAUUCGGGGUGCAGUACUGCGGCAAGGGCGUGUCAAUGGCCAGUCGCUACUACCAUGCGGCUCAGCGCCCCGACGAGACCCCUCUGGAUUACUUGUACCGGCUCAACGUCGCGGGCUUGAGGGCCAACAUCCCAUACGCCGAGGGUACGACUGAAGAGAAGCGCGAACACGUCGAGCAUUUCAUCCGGACGCUGAACACGCAGGAGGCCGAACUCACCUCGCCUCUUACGCUGGUGGAGGUCGCCGACUCCGAGGCGCUGGAGAAGAAGCUGCAAAAUGACUCUCUCGGCUCGAACAAGUUCCGUCAAAAGGCGCUGACCCCACCGAUUCAGCCGGCGCGCGCCGUGCAUGCGAUUCACGUCGCGUCGGACGAGUACGAUUCGGGACGCGAAAGUCGCGACAGCGACGAUCGCCAGUACGACCAAGACGAGGCGGACGAAGAACGCGCCAAGUUGUUCGUCGCGGGAUGGGCCCCGCCGGGAGAGCCGGCGCAACGCGCGCCGCGAAUCGCGGCGGUCCGACGGACGACGGACGACGAGUUUGCACGUGAACCACCCCUGGACGAGAUCGACUUGCCACCAGGAGAGCGACGCGGGUACUGGAAACAUUACGCGCCGCACAAGUGGUACAAGCAGGCCAAGAUUCAUGGAAAGCAGAACAACCGCCGUGCUGUGUUAUUGCUCGACACAGGUGCCGAGGAGUCCAUCCUGGACACCACCUUUGCUCGUGAGGUAGGCUGCCUGAUUGACACGGAGAUCACGCAAGAGUGUGUGGGAAUUCGUGAUGAGACAUAUUACACGUGCGCAUCGACAGUGGACAGCACGGCGUGCUUCCCCGACGAGGUGCAUAUCCAGAUGAUCGGGCGAAGACCGCUAUACGGCGCACGGAUGCACUCGGUUAACGUCAAGACGCCUGUGAGGCUCGAACCAGGAGACACGCAUGAAGUCUUGCUAAGGCCGGAUCGAAACGCGCCGUUCCUGUGGGUGACACGGGCAGAGUCGUGGGUGACUACCUUUGUCAAGGGGAGAGUCGGAAAGAAAACGUACCUGCGUGUCAUGAACAUCGGAGACGCAGCGAUAACCCUCGACGCGCAUGAAACGCUUGGGUGGUGGACGCCGUCUGGUGGCCAGCCUCGGAACCGUGGAUUCGUCCGACUGGGCUCCACCCGGUACCAGCAGUGGCAGAAUCUGGCGUACGGCGCGACGCGCGACGCGUAG